UGUAGGUGACCAUAAAAAAUCCGACUCCAUGAGCAGUUCAGCACCAAGUCCAGUCGAAAUUGCAAGAGAAAAUUCGGUCAGUACACCUCGAAAUAGAAAGGCCUCCAGUGAAUCUGAUGAUGCAGGUACACUAAAGAAGCACAUUAAUAACUGCAGAAUAUUGACGACUGCGGAUGGAAGAAGAAUUCUUGAGAAAGAUGUCUUCAGCCCAAUUGUGACGGCCAAAGAAAAAGAUAACAUUGGCCUAUUAUUAGAAAGAAUGCUCAUGGGACAGUAUCUGCUCAAUGUUCAGCAGAAGAAUUUAGCGAAUAAAAUAACCCUUAUAGGUACUCAUGUGCAGAGUCUCGAAGAAAAUGUUGGUGGUGAACAAAAUGUGAAGCUAGUCCAAGAUUUUGCAGAAGACUUCGAUUUGAAUUUACCAUUCGCCCAGCUCCAGGAUUUUCAAAACUUUGACAAUCAGCUAGAAGCAGAUCGGACGAUCCGAAAGCGUUUCAAAUCAACGCUAUCAGAUCUGUUCACGACCGAUAUUAGCGUUACGCUAGCCCAGAAGAAUAUGAUACAAAAAUAUAUCUCCAGAAGCGUGAUAAUGCAGUACACUGCGCAGAAGAAGACGGACAAAAAAUCGCUUAUAUUCAAGAAUACAGAGUUUUAUAGAGCAAUGUUAGGUACUGAAACAUAA